GACAAUUUUUUGUCAAUAAGUUUCCAAAAUAAAACAAAAUGAGUGGUUUAAUUUUAGACGAUGCAGAAAAUGUUGUCCUUUUGCCUGUGUGGUUUUACAGUUUACUAGCCUAAACGUGUAAAACCAUAUCGUUUUUCACUGAUCAGUAAAUGGGCCUCUGUUCUUCAUUUAUAAUGAAUCAUGUAUAAUGUUCUGCUUAGACUGGCCGUUUGAAAUCCUACACAUCUGCCGUAUAAAAGAGGUCCUGCGUAUAAAGUUAGAAUCAAGCUUUUAGAUUUAAACACAAUUGAAAUGAAAAGUUUUACCUUUUUUAAUGUUUUUUUGUUCAAUUAACAAUAUAAAUGGGUAUUUAAUUCCCCAGACACAGACAUUUAGAAAGGCGUUAGGCCCUAUCUGUUAUUUAUAAUAUAGCCUAAACGUUACAGACAGUACGUAUUUGUGACGCAAUUCGACCCAAGCAGCAAGGCGAACAUUACAAUACAAUAAAUUCCAGAUUCGGAAGACUGCUGCCAUGACGUAGCAACAUUUAUAAGAUUUUAACAAAUGAAAACAUUUUUCUAAUAUUUAUUAUAUAAAUAAGGCCUAUAUGUUUUUUAUCGUUCUCAGCCUGCAUAUUUAAACAAGCAAGUUUGUUAUGAAUAUAAACGUAUCUAAAAACAUUUUGAAAAGUUAGACUUGAUUAUGGGAUUUACUUGACAGGCAUCGCUUGCUCUCUCUCUCUCUCUCCCCCCCCCUUCUAAGAGUAUGUCAGAGCCUGUGGGAUGAGUUUCUGUGGCACAAUACUCUUCAUCUGGAUGCUGCUCUGAGCACCUUUAACAAAGACAGCAGCAUCUCUGCAAACUUCACAGGACGCAUCCUUCAUUCCGUGUCCCACACAAUCUCCAGCGUUCACUGUCGGAAUAAAUUAAGUUCACCAACAAAAACAAGACAGGACAGCCAAGUAAAUCUUCUAACUGCAAAAGUAUGAAGUUCCAGUGCGUUUCUCUUUUCAUCUGUGCUUUACUCGUUGGAGAGAGUUGUGGAUCGCAGAUGAAGUUGUCUCGUCUGGAUCGAUGGGUGAGAACUGGGUUUCAGUACCUGAAGCUCAAUCUGUGCCGGAGAGUCUCUUUACCGGAGAGCGAGUGCAAGAAAUUCUCUCACCUCCACCUGAGCGGAGUAGCGGUGUACGUCUCUGAAUCCAACUCGGCGGGGAAAGUGCUUGCGAUACUACCCGAUUCAUACUUCACAGGGACUGUUCCGUCAAAGUCUGCGGACUCGAGUGUGGAUGAUGAGAGCAGGACGAAUGAAGAGUUGUACCCCGGAGCCAGUGCGCAUGACGCGGUGCUGGUUUUGGACCCCAGUCCCGGAGAGAGCUUCGGACACCCGGUGGUUCUGUUCUAUGUUAACUUCAACAUUACCAAGAAGAAGUGUGCUCAUAUGGAUGGAAUUUAUCUUGGGGAGGAGUGUUUGACCAUGGCAGUGAAAACGCGCUGUCAGAAUCAGCUGAAGCGCAGACGGAGUCGCAGUGAUCGUAUGGUGAGCCGGGCGAGGGCCCGCAGGAGCACGAUGGGGAGAAUCGGCCGCAUGGAGCACAGCAGCGGGCACUGCGAGAUUCACUUUCUCCCCCUAGUGGUGGGAGUGAGGGACAGCAACCGAACCCAAUGUCUGCGCUGUGUAGGUCACCCAGACUUUGCCCGAUGCCCAGAGCCUUUGCCACAGAGCAGUCCCAACAUUCCCAUCUCCAGCUGCGAGCUCAAUAAAAACACCCGCCGGUGUCACCAGCAGCGGCUGGCCACGCACCUGUCCUGCCGCCUCUACCAGACCUGCGAUCACGCCGUCCUCUUGUCAGGUGGCUGGCAGGAGCAGAUAACAUACCAGCGGCAUGUGCAGAACCUACAGCUCUUCUACCAGAUGCUGAGGAACAACGGCUUCCAUAAGGACCACAUAAAGACAUUCUUUGCUGGGAAUGGUCAGGUAGCAGCUAAAGAGACAGACGGGAUGUACCCGGCCACAGAGAAAGAGGUGAUCAGGAAUCACAUUUCGUAUAUCUGUAGAAAGCAGCACUGCGCAGAUACUCUGGUUCUGUACCUGAGCAGCCCCACACGUAACGACGGCACCAUGCUCCUCUGGGACCGCAAUAACAACGGCAUUGCGGAUCUGAAGGAGCGUUAUUCUGUAGGGGAACUGCUGUCAGACCUGGCGGGCUGCAGAGCCCGUCGAGUGCUGUUGUUUGUGGAGCAGAGCUACAGUGGAGUCCUCAGCAAGAGACUGAUGGGAUCUCUCAAACAUCUCAACGUGGUGCUGCUCAACGGACUGCCCUGGGUGGACACUGCCGAGUUCUGGGCCUCUCUGCACCCGUCUCAGUGCCUCAUAGACCAUCUCAGUAAGAGUUCUGCGACACCACGACUGGUUGAUUCGGCUCAAGGCCUGCUGAACGUGACUCUGGCCGGCGCUCCGUGUAACUCCACGCCCCCCCUCACAGAGGCCGAAGUGAGGAAGGAAUACAUGGGCUGCCAGAAUUUACCCACGGCUCUGUGGUACCAAAAACGGCCCAAAUCCGACAACAGCAGGAAUUGAGCGGAAAUCUCUUCUGCCACAAACAGAUGGACCACAACCAACUCUCAUGUUUCCCACCUCAUUUUGACACUUCAACGCUCAGCUGGACAUCACAGGAGAACUUCCUCAGUUACAGAACGAGAACCUACGGAGUAGUAAACCAUGAAUUUGUACAAAACAACCACAACCAGCGCUUUCCCUCACAUCUACCAGCGUGAUUCACCCGGUGACGCACUUAGACCCUGUAGACAAGCUGUUGAGGAACAGACUACGUAAUGUGUGCUUGAAAGAUUGAAAGAAGUUCGAGUAAUGCAGGACGGACAGAAAGAGACUGAAAGUGUCUCUCGUGUCCUGGAGUUGAACCUCAGUUCCCCCGCUAGCCUCUCCGCAGCGGGCGUCCCGCGGGGAGCAUCCCAUGCUAACUUCUGCUCUCUCCGCCUGCUAUGAGGGUUCAGCUUAGGGACAAGAGCGCUCCCGUUACGAGUACUCUUCCGUGGGUCAACGCACAGGGCACGGCUGCAAGUGAACAAUGGUGACAACGCCACUCCGAAACACACCUCACUCAAUAAGAGACAGCGGUCCAGCAUGAUUUAGUCAUGAGAAACGCUCUUCAUGUAUGGAUUCUAGCAGAGACGACUUCGCAAGCAUGUACUUGAGUAGGAACUCUGACUUCUUUAUUUCCACUCUGUACUUACCCAGCAAAACACCACGAACAGAUAAUGGUGAGAGUGUUGUGAAGAUAGACACCGCAGACCCUAUGGGAAAUCAUUCACAUUCCGUUCGGUCUAAAUGUAGCCAGUGGUCCACAAUUCACUCCGGCCUCCCAACGUUUUUUGCUGUUCGCUUACUAUUGAUGUAGAUGGGCAUUGGCCAAACCCUGUAAAACCUCAGCGCAUUUAAUCAGUCCUUAACUUCAAAUCCAAAUCCUUUAAGAUAAAUACACGGUUUUGUAUAGAUCAGACAUCAGUGUUAUUCUGUAAAUAUUUCUGUCCUAUGUGUCAAAGUGAAUGAACUGUGAUGUCUUAAGUAGAGAUGCACAGAUACUACAUUUCUCCACAGACACCGACUGCCGAUACCGAUGAUUAAAUAUGUCGUACAUUUCUGAAUGUUAUUAAUUUAUAUAAUGACAUACUGGUGAUGUUUCUUAACAUUUUCUAUAAACAGAGCACCAUUUCAUUGCAUUUUUAGGCUAUAUCAGGAUAUAUCGGCCCUGAUCAUCGGCUGUUUUUGAACUAUUUAGCCGACAGCUUGAAAAAUGGCUUUUAUCGGCCGUUACCGAUUAUUGGCCGAUAUAUCAGUGCGUCUCUAGUCUUCAUGAUCGUACACGUUCUGGUUUGUUUUAAAUCGUAGCUUGAGUUAAAAAAUGUAAAUACUCUUAAUGAAUUAACUUUUGUACAUAGCCAGCAUUGUAUUUAUUUACAGACUUUAUUUUUAGGUUUACAACUACAAGUUUUAUUUUCAAAUGAUAUUUGACCAGUGAAUAUGUACAAAACAUAGUUUAUAAAAUCAUUGUUCUUAAAAGUUUUACUAUUACUAUUACUAUUACGAGAUAACAUUCAAUUCAAGCAAUUUCCUUUGGCAUUUCUGUAAAUGUGACUGUGGCUCAUGUACUGUAACUCCUAUUAAAAUCCGUCAUCUUCUGAAAUGUCACUUUUAAACUUUAUCAAUUUAAUCUUGAUUUCAAAUACAUUACGCAUUUUCAAAUCAGCCUGGAAAAACAUAAAAAACCAUAAAGGUUCUCUUUGUGUU